UAUAAAUUUCUCAUGCAAAACACUUACUUUCUCACAGACUAAUAAUCCACGAUGGAUAGCUCAAAUACAAACGUCACCGCGUCAAUGAUAGACGCUCUCAUGAGCUCUCCUUCUUCCAGUUUCUGGCCGCCACUAUCUCCGGCGAAUCCCAGCCCAGACAUUGCUCUCCAGAAGCGGUUACAAGCUGUGUUAAAUGGCACCCACGAGGCUUGGACCUACGCCAUUUUCUGGACACCGUCCUAUUACGACUACUCCGGCGAGUCGGUAGUCAAAUGGGGCGACGGAAUUUAUAAAGGCCAAGAAGCUGAUAAGACUCGGCGCCGUCGGCCGAGGAGGACGACGAUGAUCUCAGACGAAGCUUUGCCUAUGGUGUACGAUGAAAACGACGUGGAGGUGUCGGAUACGGAGUGGUUUUACGUGGUUUCGAUGGCGGCUAGCUUUGGUAGUGAGACCGGGUUACCGGGCAAGGCUUUUGCUACGUAUAAACCAGUUUGGGUUACCGGGUCGGAUCAAAUAUUGGGAUUGGGUUGUGAUCGUGCGAAACAAGGUGGGGCUUCAGGGUUGCGUACCAUCGUAUGUAUUCCUUUGGAUAACGGUGUGUUGGAGCUUGGAUCCACCGUUGAGAUCCAACAAAAUUCGGAUCUUAUGAAUAAGAUCCGAGUCGUUUUUAGUUUCGAAGGAACCAGAGAUUUUUCGGGUGACCCGAGUUCAAACUCCUUCCCGCUUUUCUCAACUCAGUUAGAGAAUGGUGGUGGUUCAAGUACCGUAACCGUCAACGCAAACCGGUAUCCGAAUCCGGUUUAUCCGCAAACCGUAAAUUUCGCGACUGAGGAAGCUCUACAUAGUCCGAACCGGAGUUAUCCCGGUCAGAUGCAGAACGACGACGGUGAACUCUUACAUGUGGUUGAAGACAUGGAUGGUUCUGACCACUCUGACAUCGUAGCCGCCACAGUGGCGCGGGAGAACAUGCAGAAAAAGAAACGCGGGAGAAAGCUCGCAAACGGUAGGAAAGAGCCGUUGAAUCACGUGGAAGCGGAGCGGUUGAGACGCGAGAAGCUAAACCAGAGAUUCUACGCGUUAAGAGCGACUGUGCCAAACGUAUCGAAGAUGGACAAAGCGUCCUUACUAGGAGACGCGAUUUGUUACAUCAACGAACUGAAACUAAGAGCGGAAAACGCGGAAUCGGAGAAAAACGCGAUUCAAAUCGAGCUCAACAAACUGAGGGAGGAGAUAGCGGGACGAAACGCGACCUCCAGCGUCCCUAGGGGCGGACAAAACGCAUCGGAGAUUGAAACGGCUAGUAUCGACGUGAAGGUUUUGGGCGAUGUGAUGGUUAGGUUGGAGUCGAGCAAGACAAAUCAUCCUGCGGCGAGACUGAUGAGUGCGUUUAUGGAUUUGGAUGUGGAAUUGAAUCAUGCUAGCAUUUCGGUGAUUCAUGAUCUUAUGGUUCAACAAGCUACGGUGAAGAUGGGAUCGAGAAUGUACACGCAAGAGCAGCUUCAGGCCAUGUUGGUCUCUAAAAUUAACUAAUUACUAGGAUAAGACUCGCGGCUUGCGCGGGAUGAAGUUGUUAUUUUUAUUAUGUUUUGGAGAAAGAAACAAUAGUUCGGUUUCCUUUAGAUUAGAAGUGUUCAAUCCGGAUAUCGGGUUGGUUUCGGUUAUGUUCGGUUUUUACUGUAUUUCGGUUAGUAAAAUAUAACUACUAUUCUAAAUCCA